CAAUUCCUCAUUUUUUUCCAUUUUAUCAUCAUUCUUCUCAACAUGCCUUCUUCCUUCUCCAAGCCGUCUACUCCCUCCUCUCCUCUCUCCCCGGACUCCCCCGAGGCCGAGCGCCGUCUCCGCGAGGCCGAGGAGCGUCUACGCGAGGCCAUGGCCGAGCUCCAGCGAAGACAACGCUCCGCGGCGCGUGGCUCCCACGCCGAUCUCUGCGAUCACGCCGACGUCUCCUGCGUCGCCAAUGCGAUCGGUAAUCUCUGCCAGAGCUUCCUUCUCUCGUAUGGCGUGAGGGUUGGGAUCGGAAUCCUUCUCCGCGCUUUCAAGCUCGCUAGAGGGCAGUCUUAUUCCUCUCUUCUCGAUCUGAAGCAACUUGUCUCGGAGAAAGAUUUGAUUGUUAGGGAAGAAGCAUGUCGGAUUGGUCUUCUUUUUGGUGGAUUUACGGGUUCGUAUCAUGCACUUAGAUGCUGUUUGAGGAAGUGGAGGAAGAAAGAGACGCCAUUGAAUUCAGUCUUAGCAGGUUCAAUUGCGGGUUUGUCUGUCUUGGCUUUAGAUGAUCCCACCCAGCGGCGUACACUUGCUCUAUACCUCUUGGCUAGAUUAGGGCAGGCGGCUUACAAUUCCGCAAAGUCGAAGAACAAGUUCCAUCUUUGGGGAAGCCAUUGGAGACAUGGAGAUUCUUUACUCUUUUCUCUUGCUUGUGCUCAGGUUAUGUAUGCAUUUAUAAUGCGUCCUGAGACCUUGCCAAAAUCAUAUAGAGAAUUUAUUCAGAAGACAGGUCCAGUUGCAAGGCCUGUCUACCAGGCUGUAAGAGAAUGCUGCAGAGGUGGUCCAAUCGAUGUAGCUUCCUUAUCAGACUAUAUUGCUAGUAAAAACGAAGCCAGUGACGUGAAAGUGGAUGAGUUUGCUUCCAUCAUCCCUUGUUCAGCUAUUCAUCCAAACACUAACUCGUGUCUGGCCCAAAAUGCUAAUGCAAUGUCAGCUACAUUCAAGAAAACAUUCCCAUUAUACUUCUCCCUCACAUUCGUCCCUUAUGUUGUUCUAAACCUACAAAAGUUCAUGGCUUCUCCUUACCGGACAUCUUGGCAUUCAAUCAGAGAUUCAGUUAGAUCAACUUCCUUCUUGUCUGCUUUUGUUGGGAUAUUUCAGGCUUUCAUAUGUGCACAUAGAAAAGUUGCAUCCAAGGACCACAAGAUCGUUUAUUGGUUUGCGGGUGGUGUAGCAGCCCUCUCGGUUAUGCUGGAGAAAAAACCGAGACGCUCUGAGCUUGCUCUAUAUGUUCUUCCCCGAGCAGGAGAUUCUCUGUGGGAGAUACUUAUCAACCGCCACAUUCUUCCCAACAUUAAAAACGCUGAGGUGGCUGUAUUCUGUGCAUGUAUGGGAGGAAUAAUGUAUUACCUAGAACAUGAACCAGAUACACUGGCUCCGUUUCUAAGAGGGCUCAUCCAAAGGUUUCUUGCUAGUCAAAUUAGCAAUCCCAGCAGCAAAAGCCGUCAAAGCUCUCCCUAUACGUAUCUCCGGACUCGAGAUGCGUUGGAGAAGCCGAAACCGCCUCCAGAGAGCAGCCAAGAAGGUGAAACUCAAAAAACCGAAGAGAAGUAUAACCUGGAGGCUAUUCCUGGUCUUUAGAAAGCAAAGAUGCCCUGAUAGUUCCCAAGAGCUGUACUAGCAUCAUGAUUUUGAUAAACAGGUUAAUGUUACAUUCCCCACAGAGAAAAACUUGUGGGAUUGAAUUAUAGGUUUAGGAGUCUUGUUUAAGUGUCUUUGUUUCUCUUCCCACAAUAACAGAAACUCUCUUCUUAACUGCACGUUUAUGAUCUCAGGCAGAAAGUCUGGUGGACUUAGAUAACUAGAAUCCAAAUGAUGUGUAAUGCUACAAAGUCAAAUGACACUUGUAACCAUUUCUUUCAUUUAAGGACAAAGUCAAAUGUCUUUGGUAUUUUCUGUAAUAGAAUACUGUCAAGUCGUGAUGACCAUCAUUG